AUGACGAAAAAAUCAAUAUCUUUGGACGUAGAUCCUACUAUAUUGGAAAGCAAUAUGAGAAUUGUAAAAGAUAAUCCUGUUGAGGACGAAUUUAAUAAACUUUUGUCGGCGGUCGAUCCUGUGCCUUCAAAACUUGUUAAACCAAAGCCAGGUUUUUGCGUGAAAACAUUCACAAAGUCCGACAACAAGAAAGUAUUUGUUAACAUUUGUGUUACUGAUGCUAUUCCAUGUCCUAGAGAUAUAACCAAUGAAGAACUUAUGCAAAUUCUUAGCUCUGAGGACCCCUCUAGCUAUCGGGUGCCGAUGAGCAUCGGAGAAGGUAGAACCGAGUCAGAUAACUCUGGGGCUCCUGUCACAGUCUAUGAUGUUGCUGUAAACCCAGAAUUCUUUAAAAAGAUAGAGAAAGAUGAUUUGUUUCAAGUAUUCUUUCUGACUGUUGUUUUUGAGGGAUUGCAAGAUAAAUACCAAUUUGAAAUAGACAUGCACAAGUACACCAUUCUAAAGAAUCGAAAAUCUAUUGGCACUCUGCAAUCUCAUAGAAUACAAAUUAGAGACAUAAAGACUUGUGAGAGUCCGACUAAAGCACCCAUGAUUGAGGAGUUAGAUGGUAAGUCUUCUGGACUUAACAACACUACACCAGUAGCAAAGAAAAAGGAACUGCAGUAUAGGCUAAGGCGAGAACCACCAACUGGAGAAAUUGAAUACUUAUUAGCUGAAAUUAAAAUACCUCCUAAUGUGGAAAUGAAAGAUCUGAACCUAGAAGUAGGAGAAGACCGGCUAGUACUGGAUUGCAAGGGGCUAUAUGAAGUUGUUGAUUUCUUUUUACCAUGUAGUGUUGACCAGGAUGUUAUUGAUGCCCGCUUGAAUAGAAAUGAUGAUAUGCUUUUCGUUAAAAUGCCCGCUAUACAUUGA